AUGGAUUCAAAUAAUUCUUCACUUCUCUUGUCAUCAUCUUCAGUUUUGCUCCAUCACCAAAAACACCAACUGGACUCAUCUUUCUGGGAGAAACAAAUAAAGGUGCCCAAACAAUUCAUAUGGCCGAAAGGAGACUUGGUUGAAGUUCAAGAAGAGCUGAAUGAGCCACUAGUGGAUCUUGAAGGGUUCUUUAAAGGGGACGAGAUGGGAACUCUGCAAGCUGCAAGGAGAAUCAGAGAAGCUUGCUUGAAACAUGGAUUCUUCCAAGUGAUCAAUCAUGGUGUUGAUUCACGUGUUUUAAGUGCCGCAUAUGAUCAAACAGCGAAAUUCUUUAAGCUACCACCUACCCUAAAAUCGAGGGUUAAGAAAACCCCCGAAGCCACGAGUGGAUAUGCCAGCUCCCAUACUGAUCGUUUCUCCUCUAAAUUGCCUUGGAAAGAGACAUUAUCUAUCGACUUCCAUGAGAACUCUCAGGAACCCGUUGUUGUUAACUACUUCAAAUCCAAUUUAGGAGAAGAUUUUAAGCAGACAGGACUGAUUUUUCAAAAAUAUUCUGAAGCAAUGAAGUGCUUAUCUCUGGGAAUAAUGGAACUUCUGGCAAUCAGCCUGGGAGUUGAUCGAUUUUUUUACAGAAAUUUUUUUGAAGAUUGUUGUGCUCUGGUGAGAUGUAACUUCUAUCCUGUUUGCAAAGAGACAGGGCUUACUCUUGGCACAGGUCCUCAUCGUGACCCAACAUCGCUAACCAUACUUUACCAGGAUGAGGUGGGAGGUUUAGAUGUAUUCACUAACAACAAAUGGAUGUCUGUUCGACCUCGUCCUGGUGCCCUAGUCAUUAAUAUUGGUGAGACUUUCACG